UCCUGGGUGCCACAUCCCUGCUCUGCCCCAGGCCGGCGCUUUGGGAUGGAGCUGCUCCAGUCCCUGCUGCAGAAGGAGCAUGAGCUGGACCUGCAGGGCUCCUACCACAUCCCGCUCCUGGGGACGCUGAACUACACCGUGCCCCGGAUCCACAUCCAGGAGCUGCAGGUGAACGACUCCAGCUUGGACUUUGCUGAGGACGUGGGGCUGAGGCUGACGGUGCUGGGCGCCCGCAUCCGGCUCAGCGCCGAGUGGGGAGCGCGCCUGGGGGCCGUCCAGGACAGCGGCUCCCUGGAGCUCCACGUGCAGGACCUGGCCAUGGUGGCGGUGCUGGGGCUGGGUGCGGAUGCUGACGGCCGCCCCGCGCUGUGGAGCGCCGGUUGCGAUGCCCGCAGCACCCACCUGCGCCUGCAGUUUCACCGCGGGCACAGCUGGCUCUACAACCUCCUGGCACCCCCGCUCCAGGGGACCCUGCAGCAGGAGCUGAACAAGCAGCUCUGCAUCAAGCUCCGCAAAGGUGUCUUCAAGCUGGAGGAUGCCCUGAAGCAAAUGAGAGUGUCCACCCAGGUGGACGCCUUCGUCGCCAUCGACCAUUCCCUGCUGGGGCCACCGGCCAUCACGGCAGAGCACGGGGACAUCGCCGUCAAGGGAGAGUUCUUCAGGUUGCACAAGUUCCAGCAGAGGCCCUCUUUGGCGCUGCCGCUGCCGGUGCCGGUGGCGCUGCCGGUGGCACACGAGCCCAUGCUGCUGGUGGCUGUCACCGACUUCGUCGCCAACUCGGCCGCCUUCGCCUACUUCACGGCUGGGGCCCUGCGCAGGAACAUCUCCAGUGCCAUGCUCCUGCGGCGGUUCCCGCUCCAGCUGAAGACCAAGAGCUUUGGGAUCUUCACCCCACAGCUGCAGGAGCGUUUCCCAGACCAGCCCAUGGAGCUGCAGGUCUGGGCCCGCCGGCAGCCGCUGCUCUCCUGCCACCCUGAUGCUGUGCAUGGGGCCCUCUUUGGCUCCGCUGAGGCCUUCGUGCUGCUCCCCAAUGGCACCCGUGUGCCCGCUUUCCUGCUGGAUAUCGAUGCCAAUGUGACAGGGAAGCCAAUCAUCACUGGGAACAGGCUCGGGGCCACCAUGAGCCUGAAGGGGCUCAGAGUGAUGCAGGUGACAUCGCACGUGGGUCCGGUGGAGGUGCAGAGGCUGGAGACGCUGCUGAGCUUGGGGCUGAGGCUUUUCGGGGUGCCCAGAGCCAACAAGUGGCUCCAGGCCCGUGUCCCCCUGCCCACCCCGCACGGCCUCCGCCUGCUCAACCCGCGGCUCUCGCUGCACGAGGGUUUCAUGCUCAUCACCACGGACCUGCAGCACGAGCAGUGACACCGGAUGCCUCGUGGCCCCAUCACCGUCCCCAUCCCAGCCCCGCUGCC